ACCCGGAGAGACAGAACAGGGUCUCCGGCCAUCAUUCCUCAGAACAAGUUCAGCUGAUGAAGAAAAUGCAACCCGGAAACAGAUGAUGGAGCAACGUAGAAGAGAGGAAGGAACUCAGUGUUUAUUUCAAAGAAGAAGAUGGGUCAGAAAAACGUCCAGCAAGAUAUCGGGGACCAGUUUAAUGAUGUGAUCUCCAGACUGCAGUCAAAGCAGUUGUUCCAGUCUGACUGGGACAUUGCUUCUUUUGCUAUCUUCUUCAUCUUCAUUGGUGUGAUUCUCACUCUGGUCAUCCUGGUCCUCAUCCGCUGCUGGUGCUGCUACUGUUGUGAUGAUGAAAAGCCCCGCAGAAACAAGGUGGGCAUAGAGAACUAUGGUCUGGAACCCUGAUUGCUGAUCCAGUCCAGCUGUUGGAGAUUGAGCAGAACCUUCUAACCCUUUUCCUUUGCCAAAGCACACGCUUUACCUCUCGGGUCACCGAACUGGAAUCAAACUGCUUCUUCAUUUACUUUAGACAAAAUGUUUGUCCUGCACAAUACUGUUUGCCAGCCUAUGGAAAGGUAGCACAUGUGAUCUUUUUUCCAGUUAACUCUUCAUGGAUUUUAUUGCCAGAACAGCUGGGAGCUAUCAACUGUCUGUUGUUUUAGAUCUGUGUAGAUUUGUAAAAUUUUUUCUUUGUUAGUAUGCUAAAAUGAUUUUAUUUAAAUCAGAGUUUUAGUGAGUAAUAAAACAGUUCACUGUAUCUUCCUGUGCUAUUCGGUUAGUAAUGAAUGUGUCCACGACAAAAAUAGAAUAAUGAUCCCCACCCUAAGGAUAUAAAUCAGUGCAUGGGCCCUACUCAGUUAGUUGGUAGAUCCCCAGGUCAGCAGGGUCAAGAGGUGAGAUCACUAAAGGUGAGUCAGCCCCAGCUUGGCCCUCCAGGUCCUAGCAGCCUUGGUGCGCUGUCCCCUGGUCCAGGCAGGAUGGUGCUGGAGAAGCAUAACCUGAGCUGCCUCCCAACCGUGUGAAAUAAAAUGUUUUUCUACAAAAA